CAGAAAUCACUGGUUUUUAAGAUUUAAAAAUGGUUCAAAUUGUUGUCUGAAUAGAACUUGUCUGACAAGGUAUUAUAUUUUAAUGGACUUUGUAAUUUUGCAGCUAUAAUUUAGUGCGUACCUAAUUCAGCUAAAACAUGUCAUCCAACUACAUUUAUCGAACUGCUGAAAAAUCGGAUUUUGACAGGAUUUUGAAGUUUUUGGCAGAGCAUUUUUAUCACGAAGAGCCCAGUAUUCGGGCCAGCAAAAUCGCCCUUGAAGAAUGGCUUCCAAUAUUUGGAGAAAUGACAACCAGCAGUCUGAAACUUCCGAUCUCCACAGUAGUAACAACUGAAGACGGUGAGAACAUUGUUGCGGUGUUAUUGAAUUCAAUGUGGAGUCGAGAGGAGGACGAGGAGAGGAUGAAGCAUGGAAAUGGAAAAGGCGACCAUGAUACUAGUGGAUACUCGGAGGCUCUGCAGAGAUUUAUGACCAUCGUUCAAAAAUGCCAUGACGAGUUCUGGAACCUCGCACCAUCAGACGUGAACCUAGUCGUCUACCGCGAGAUCUCAAGCGUCGGAAAACCAUGGCAACGCCAGGGGAUCGCCACAAAAAUGCUCUCCAGGAACAUGUCGGCUGCUAGGCUUCACAACGUAGAUGGAAUCGUAUCUGCCACGUCAUCAUUCGCCAAUCAGACUCUGUUGGCAAAAAAUGGGUUCCAGUGUUUGAAGGAAUUUCCAUAUUCGGGAAUUGUGAGCAGUAACGGGGACAAACUGGUGGAGACUGAUGAUGGAUCCCAUGGAAUGCGGAUCAACUUCAAGAGAAUCGAAAAAUCGGGAAAUGGACCCUGUGAAAUGGAACCCCCAAAAUCUGCUACUUUCCAGAAUGUGGCAACUUCAGUUUCGUCCUGAAAAUUUCUCAUUCUCUUAUUCCCUUUUUCUUACUUUCUAUUUUUUGUAGACCCUUCCAAUUCGAUCGCCCUACUGAUAACAUCCAGUAAAUUGGGAAUUGGUUAAAAAAACGACUCGACGUUGAAA